UAAAUUUUAUCAUCGUUGCCAGCUUCAUACCAAUCUUAUCAGUGUUCAUCUUGGAUAAACGCCUGUCUCUUGGGGCACCAAAAUAAUGCAUAAAUAAAUCCCUAACUAUGUGCUUCCAUUCACUGAUUCACACCAGAAUUUAGGUCCCGAUGAUUAUAAAGGGAUUGUUUAGAAGGUACGAAAGAUGGAACCCUGUUCAUCCAACUCAUGGAGCCUUUUGGGGAAUGGGUGUAGGCAUUGGUUGUGGUGUCGGAUGGGGUCCUGGGUUUGGCCCUGAAGUGAUAGGCUAUGUUGGAGCUGGUUGUGGAAUUGGAUUCAAUGUAGGCAUCACUUUUGCUGGUUUGGGAGUUGGCCUUCCAGCUAACUUUAUCUCUGAAGCUCCAUAUAAUGGGGUUAGCUGGAUUAAAAAUUUACUUUGUAUCUCUGACUUGCAAAGUGAAGCCAGUGGGAAAUUGUUUGGAUUUAGGCAAAAGCAUUUAGCAAUCAAGGGAAUUGAUUUCUUUGACAUGAAGAACAACUUGUCUUUGCUUACUUCUUCUACCUGUAAAAGUAUACAAGCAGUCCAUAACCAGAUAUUCUGCUCUCAUAAAGUUUAAAUUCCAGAAUCAGAAGAGCAUGUAGAAGAUGAACCUCUUAAAGCAACUAGUUUGAGAGAAAGUAGUACAUUAUGUGCACGUGGCAAGGGUGGUUAUUGGAAGAUCCUUGCACUAAUCUCCUUCAAUGCGUAAUUUCAUAUUUUCAUUACUUGUUGAAGCUUGACGUUUGCAUCUCU